AUGCCUCGUGUACACGAUCUUUGUGCUAGAAUCCAAAACGGUUUUCGUGCUCGACUUCAGACAGUUGCGAUACCCGAAACUAAGAUGAAUUUGGCUAUUUCCAACAUUCUUUACCGAGAGGGUUUUUUGACAUCUGUCAUUCGAGGCAAUCAUGUUGGACCUGACAACAGCUAUACCCCCACUACCAAUGAAAAUGUAGCCACUCGACGUCUUUGGCUCAAUUUGAAAUACAAGGAAAACUUGCCUGCUUUAUCCCGUUUAAACCUUGUUAGCAAACCUUCUAAAAAGGUACAUUUUACUGUGAAUGAACUCAAGCAUAUUGCCAAUGGAAAGAGAGCUCAAUUCAUCAAGCCUCUUCAACCUGGAGAAAUUGCUAUUGUCAACACAAACCGUGGUGUAUUGGAAUUACAAGAAGCCAUUGAAAAGAAUGUUGGUGGUGAAGUUAUCUGUCGUGCUUCUUGA